AUGCUGCUUCAUUGGAUUCUGUUUUUCAAUUUUCUAUCUAUCGUGACUUUGGUCAAAAAUGCGAUGAUCCAAUUGGUUCCCGAUGCUCCCUCUUUUGCCAUACAUGGGAAACGGAUUAGUAAUUUGGAAAGCAUCACCCUUCAAGUGAACGAAAAAUCGGAUAUUCUCAUUGACUACACGCAGCAUGGCUGCUCUAAUCUGGAGAAAGGCUACUGCUCUGAUGCGCCCCAACUCACUAUCAAUGGAGUGGGCUGGGAGAAAUGCGGUGAUGUCGAAGAAAUACCCUUCUCCGACAAGAAUGACCAACUUGGAGGCUAUUUCUAUCGUUCCUCCUCACAAAUGAUCGAUCAGACAGAGCUAGUGAUUGCGAUGACCGAUGCGCUUCCAAAAAACGACGACUUUGCCAUUUCAUUCCGAGUCCGUCAAUGGGUUAACGUAUCAAAGAAAAUUUUCGUUUUUCCUGGAAUACCUUCGGAUAAUCAAUUUAAUGGUGAUGGCUAUUUUAAAGUUUUUGUGAAUGAAGGUGUCAUCGCCACCGUUCUUCCAAAUCCCGAUAACUACAACUACGGUGCUUGGGAUGGUGGUCCAGUGACGGUUCAAUCGGCAGUGAAUUCAGUGACGAAAUGCCCAUAUUUUUGGCAAAAUAUCACUUGCCCAGCCGAAACCACUUACUCGAUUUUUAGUGGAUCCGAUCCCGGGAAUAAAAUGGAUUCAACCAAUUUGUUGUUGAAAGCUGACGGAGACAUUUUGGUGACAACAAGAACGACGGCUUCAACGAUAUUCACAAAUGAUGCUUGCUCUUUUUGUUUACUCUAUGAUUCUCGAUCACCUGCUGAAUACUUGGAUGGCUUUUCCCUUUGGACUCCCUAUUUUUAUCCGUGGAUUCAUGAUCGUUUUGAGCAGAUUGAGAUGGAAAAGAAUAAACCGGAGCAAUGUCUUCGUGGCCACGUUGUGCACACGGAUUUGAUUGGCCGUAACUUUACCAUGGAUGUGAAAAAAGUUGAAAAUGGUAUCAUCGAGAUUAAAGAAAUCAAAUGCAAUAACAUUGAAUGCAAUUCUAUCAACGUGAUCUACUGGAGAAACUUCUUUACCAGACUUCUUGUUCCUCUCGCUUCGGACAACAUCGAAAAACUUCGAGCGGAUUUGAAUAAGGCUUAUAAGCGAAAGAACGGUGUUGAAGGAAUCAACGGUGUUGAAGGAAUCAACGGUGUUGAAGGAAUCAACGGUGAAUUUGAAAAACCGGUGGUCAAAGAAGUGACCGAUGAGAGGUAUUCACACAGUCAACCCAACCCAACAACAACCGGAGUGUUA